AGAUCAACGAAAAGCUUCCCUACGUGCGUACAUUUCUGGCCGCUUUCCUUUCGGACUUGGAAUAGUUUCUCCGACGCGAACGGAAUACAACAUGUCGACAGAGAACGAGCGCGAGAACCAUGUGUACAUGGCGAAGCUCUCCGAGCAAGCCGAGCGUUACGACGAAAUGGUUGAAUGUAUGAAGAAGGUAGCGAAAUUGGAUGUUGAGCUGUCGGUGGACGAGAGGAACUUACUGUCCGUCGGUUACAAAAACGUGAUCGGUUCGCGCAGAGCUUCGUGGAGAAUCCUAUCAUCGAUCGAGCAGAAGGAGGAAUCCAAGGGAAAUGAGCACAAUAUCAAGCUGAUUAAAGGCUAUCGUCAGAAGGUGGAGAACGAGCUAUCUGAGAUCUGCAACGACAUUCUUUUAGUCAUAGAGAAACAUCUAAUUCCAUCGUCGCGCACUGGAGAAGCUACUGUUUUCUAUUACAAGAUGAAAGGUGAUUAUCACCGUUACCUUGCUGAGUUUAAGGCUGAUCAGGAAAGAAAAGAAGUUGCUGAACAGUCACUCAAGGGUUAUGAGGCUGCAAUGGCAGUUGCGAGUACAGAUCUUCCAACAACCCAUCCUAUCCGUCUCGGUCUAGCUUUGAACUUCUCAGUGUUCUACUAUGAGAUCUUGAACUCUCCUGAAAGGGCCUGCCAAUUGGCUAAACAAGCAUUCGAUGAAGCGAUUGCUGAGUUGGAUACUUUGAGUGAAGAAUCUUAUAAGGAUAGCACCUUGAUUAUGCAACUGUUGCGAGACAAUCUUACUCUUUGGACCUCUGAUUUGCCUGAAGACGGAGGCGAUGAUACUCCUAAGACUGGGGGGUCAAAAGAGGCAGCAGCCAAUCAGGAAAGUUCCAAAGCCGAGGAGGCCAAGGAAACGGCAAAACCAGAGUAAUUGCGGAACGGAAGAAUCUCAUCGAGUAAAUUUAUGCCAAGAAGCAUGCCAUUCGAAUAGUAUCAUACUUUUUCACACUCGAGCACCGGUGAACUUUUUUCACGGUUCCAUAUAUCAGGAACCGCUAGAAGAUGAGGUUUUUCUUGAUUAAUUGCUCUUUCUUUUGCGUGAAGUUCCCUUCUUUUUAGUUUUGGAUCUUGAGCUAGAAGAGGAUGAUAUUGCACUGAGGUUAAUUUAUGUUCUUUUCCAUGAUAUACAUAUUUUUAAUUAUCCAA